AUGUCCUACAGCAACAACUGGAAGGAUGGAGAUGGCGACUUUCUGCUGGUCAUAUCUGGUUCAACCCGCAGUGCAUCUUAUUUGACAGGAUGGCAAGAGUUCAAGGAUCACAUUCGGAAAGUGGUCAAAGAGCAGCCAGGUUGGGUGGAUGUGUACUCCAGCCAAAGUCAACGUCGCGGUGAAAUGCAAGGCUGGGCCAGACUGAGAGACAAAGAAGAUGCAGAUACCGCCUACAAAACCUACUCGAGGUCGAAGGGCAUGUUGGUGCAUGUAUGGGAGACAUGUCGUAGUAGCGAGGGAUUUCGCAUCCUCAGAUGCAAUUGCUCUACGGUAUUUUUGGAAGUGCCCGACGGGAACCAUUCCGCAGGUCGCUGUGGAAUUGACCUGGGAAGAGUCAGUCACCUGACAGGCGGCGUAAAAGCCACAUACCCCCCAACAACAGCGCCACAAUACGUGUCUGCCCAACCUAUCUACGGGUAUGGAUACGCUACGACACAACCCUACAACAUUCCGGCCAUGUACCCGGGCUAUGCGCCACCAACUCAAAUGCCCGUCUAUUCCGCCAACACAUAUGGAAUGCCGGUCAACGUUCGACACGGGGCUGUUUUGACCGAAGCCCGAGGCAUCUUCUUGCAAAACUUGAGCUACAAGUGUACAUCAUCGGACCUUUACAGUCUGCUUCUUACUGUCGGUCAGCCCGUGGAUUACAAGCUACUCCGAGAUACCCGCACCGGCGCUUUCAAGGGGCUAGCGACUGCCACAUUCGGAUCUCAAGACCUUGCCGAGAGAGCGGCUUACUGCUUGAAUAGGGUGGAGCACAUGGGUAUGACGCUCAGUGUUCGUAUGGAUAAAGAGACGACGGCUGUUGGACAGGCUGCGCCAUUAAUUGUGGGAUCUGACAUGUACAGGGUAAGAUCUAUGUGCACGACCCACUAGAUCCUUGUUGACAGCGAGCAGUAUUAGCGAGCUUAGAUUCUGUAGUUUAACAUUCCUUCAUUUCGUUA